AGAAGUGAAGGCAGGAAAAGUUUCUCCAGAGGAAAAAUGCAGGGCUUGUCCUUCACCCUGACGUCAGAUCUGUCUUUAAUAAAAUCCCCAAAGAGCCAAGAGAAAAAGGCAGAGUGCCUCGGCUAGGUUGCCAGUUGAGGAUUGCUCUGCGUUCCCCAAAGUGGUGUUUUUGUUCAUAACGGCUCUAAAUCUGGGUUCAAUCAAUGCAUUUAAUCCCGGCUUCCAGGGAUGAGGUGGCUUUUGCCCUGGAUUCUAGCAACAAGCAGCAUUUUGCAGGCCAUUGCCAAGACAUCCACCACCAUGACCCCCACCGUCCCUGCCGUGACAGAGGCCUACACACGGACUCAGUACUGUAAGUGGCCGUGCGAGUGUCCGAAGUCCCCACCUCGGUGCUCAGUAGGAGUCAGCCUGGUCACAGACGGCUGCGAUUGCUGCAAGACAUGUGCCAAGCAGCGUGGAGAAAGUUGCACUGAGGCCGAUACCUGUGAUUUUCACAGGGGCCUGUACUGUGACUACAGUGGAGACAGACCUAGGUACGAAAUAGGAGUAUGUGCACAGAUUGUCGGUGUAGGAUGCGUUCUCAACGGAGUCAGAUAUAAUAAUGGGGAUACAUUUCAGCCUAACUGCAAAUACAACUGCACAUGCAUUAAUGGGGCUGUGGGCUGCAUUCCCAUGUGCACAAACUCACGCCCUCCCCUUGUCUGGUGCCCAAACCCAAAGCUGAUUAAGAUGGCAGGGAAGUGCUGCGAGCAGUGGGUUUGCGAUGACUCCAAGAAAAUCAGGAAGACAUCUCCACGCCACAUCUCCUCUGCAGUUAAUCUGGUCUCUGCAGCAUACGAAGGGGAGGAUGAAGCCUGGCAGAAGAACUGCAUUGUUCACACCUCGCCCUGGAGUCCCUGCUCAAAGACCUGUGGGCUGGGCAUCUCCACCCGAAUUUCCAACGACAAUGACCACUGCCGGCUCAUGAAGGAAAGUCGCCUGUGCAACAUGAGGCCCUGCGAGGUGGACAUAACCAAGCACAUUAAGCCUGGGAAGAAGUGCCUGGCUGUCUACAGGGCCAGCGAACCAAUGAACUACACCAUCUCAGGAUGUGUGAGCAAAAGUCCUUAUAGACCCAAAUAUUGUGGCGUCUGCACAGACAACAGGUGCUGCACACCCUACAAGUCCAAGACUAUUGAAGUGAGGUUUGAGUGCCCAGAUGGAACUGAGAUUUCCUGGAAAAUCAUGUGGAUCAAUGCUUGUUUUUGCAACCUGAACUGCAAGAACCCCAAUGACAUCUUUGCCGACUUGGCUCAUUAUCACGAUUACUCUGAAAUUGCUAAUUAAAUUGGCUGAAUGCUGGAAUUGACCCAUUGCUCUGAUUUUACAGAGGUUUUAAAAUAAAAGGAGAAUCUUUCAUCCA